AUUUAACAUGGAAGAAGUGCAAUUCUAUGGUUCUCUCUUGGAUCUUGAAUACUAUCUCCAAGGAUCUCCAUGACAGUGUUGCAUAUGCAGAAGGGGAGGAUGAAAUCUGGAGUGAUCUACAAGAGUGUUUUUCUCAAGGCAAUGCCUCACGGGUGCAUGAAUUGAAGCUUGAAUUGGCCACACUCACACAACAAACUAAGAUGGUGGCUGCAUAUUUCACCAAAUUGAAGCCAAUUUGGGAUGAGUUACAGGCUUAUGAACCAACACCAAUAUGUACUUGUGGCUGCACAUAUGGAGCAGCAAAGGAAUACAUGAAAACCCAAGAUAUGGAUCCACUUCCUCCUUUGAACAAAGUAGAUGCCAUGGCAACUAAAGAGGAGAAGCAACAAGCAGUGGCUGCCUUAAGGGGACCUGCCAUGGAAGCUAUGGCCUUGGCAGCAAAGGUCAAUCCUCAUACACGCACAGCUCCACUAGGAAAGGUGCGUUGUGAUCACUGUAAAAAGACUGGACACACCAAAGAUAGGUGCUUUGAGAUCAUAGGUUAUCCACCAAAUUGGAAGUUGGGAAUAGCCAAGACAAAGGGUAAGGGAGAUCCACCAAAACUACAAAGCCAUGAGAAGGAUAUGAUCUUCACAGCAAAUGUGUUUCGUGAAUCACAAGAUGCUGGAGGUUCACAAGACCAGUCUCCAAUUACCGGGCUCACCAAGGAUCAGUAUGCUCAACUCCUCUCGCUUCUUGGGGGACCUUGCCUUGAGGAGGUUGAUUGGAGUGGGUAAGCUUCUCAAAGGGUUAUAUUACUGUAAUUUUGGACAUGUUGCAAUGGCUAAUUUGGUGAAGCAGUCUAAGGGGUUGUCAUUUGAGUUGUGGCAUGAAAGACUUGGACACUUGCUCAUUGAACAUUUGUCCAAAAUUCCUUUUUUAUGUUCUUGUCCUUCAAGAAUAAAACAUGUUUGUGAUGUUUGCCAUAGAGCAAAAUAAACAAGGUUACCUUUU